AUGUCAACUACCGCUAGUCAGGGUCUUAUUAAAUUGCAAAAUAUUCUUUGUAAUCCUAAAACGUUGCGCAAGUUGGCCGAGGAUCUGAAGGAAAUAUAUCUUGAGUAUGAACGACACACCACUCAAAAAUAUCCAAAAUAUUUGCAACGUUCUUUAGCGUUAAUAAAGCGAAUUAAUUAUGCAUUGCUCGCCUUCUGUCUUACAGCUCUAAGUACAGUGAUCAUAUUGCCGUUUAUCUUUUAUUAUGUAAAGAAUGAAAAGCUAUUAGUCGGUCCAAUGCAAAUACCCGGUAUUGAUGUUAAGGAUGGUUGGGGCUUCAGAAUUCAUUUUUGCGUACAAGCAGCGAUGUUAACAAUAGGAACCUAUGGCAACUUUGCAGCGGAUUCUUUUUGCUUUCUAUUACUUUCACAUACAUCCUUGUUUAAGGAUUUACUUUAUUGUAAAUUUCAGGAUUUAGAUGAAAUUUUGCUACAAUACCCACGCAAUAGCUUAAAAUCAAAGCCGCUUUUACAAGACAUUCUAAAAUGGCAUCAGAAACACGUUUUAUUUAUUGAAACCGCUAGUUCCACUUACUUCUGGGUUAUAUUGGUGCAAAUAAGUACCGCUGUCACAGGUAUAGUGACUACUUUGGUAUGCCAAUUCUUGGGUAUUUAUCCUAAUGCUGUGGGUUACUUAAUAUAUUGCGCUGUACUUUUCUACAUCUAUUGCGGUAUAGGAAAUUUGUACGAAAGUGUGAACGAGGAAGUCAUUGACAUAAUUUAUGACUCAUUGUGGUACAAUUUGACGAUAAACGAGCAAAAGUUAAUCUUAUUCAUGCUGCAUAAGUCGCAAACUGUUCAAGGCCUAACUAUUGGUAAAUUAAUACCCUUGUCUUUGAAUACCGCUUUAAAGCUGACCAGAUCUAUGUAUACCUUGUCGAUGAUGUUGUUACAAUUUUUGGAUUAACUUCAAACCAUAUGCAAAUAUACAAAUCAAAAUUUAAAUUUAAAAAACACUUGUAAAGAGAUUACUAAGAAAGAACACAGGAAGGAUUUUAUAUUUUUUUGCUGGCU